GAUCGCUGGCUGGCUACUCAAGGCAGCCGUUCGUGUUGCAAGUUGUUAAAGUUAACAGUGUAGAACAAAAUUAUUCGUUUUCGUUAGUAUUUUUGGCCCAUUUAUUUAUAAUCCCCAAUCCAAAAGAAACAAAUCAAGUGCAUGCGAAUGCGAUGGAGUGUAUUUUCGCAUCGCAUAAAAACACAAGAGCAAGUUGAAUAAAAAGGGAAUGAGUGUCGCUAGUAAGUCGGGGAGCUUAGAACGCUUCGUCUAUGGCAGAUCCAGCUAACACACUCGCUGCCGCCAGCACUAGCCGCCGCAAGCGUGUGCUGCCAACGCAGCCACGUUCUGAGGCUAAGCGCCUCCGGACUUCAUCUCAAGACGACAAGAUUCCUACUGACAAAAGUGCCCACAGUUCUACCAGAAUUUCACAUAAGGUUAAAACUUCCAAAUCUGGCAAUUCUCAAACUAAGAAAUCAGACAAACCAGACCCCCACCCAUCAAAAACGAAGUCUCACGGAGAAAUUCCCUCUACUUCUUCGUCUACCCAUAAACACUCAUCAACGCAAAAUUCCAAAUCUUCAAAGAAACACAGUAAGACCGAUUCUGAACAACCCGGUACAGAGAUUGAACCGAAGGUUAAGAAAAAUUCUAGGUAUAGUUUAGAUAUUAACCAUAGACAAGAUCAUUUAGAAUAUAGUGUAAGAAACAACAACACAGACUCUUCUAGUUCAUUAAGUAAUAUAUCUGCUGACGUUAACCGACAUUCAAGGAAGCACAGAAAGGGUUCAUCAACUUCGACAAGUACAAAAGAUAGACCAACCGAAGAUAAAAGUAGUACCUUUAAGUUCAUUAACUCAGACCUGCAUCUACGAGACAAAAAGGAGAAAACUAGAAAGAGUGAUAGAAGGGGACAAAUUCUUAUUAAACUGAAUAACACCACUGUUGAAGACUCCUUAGGAGCUAGUACUUCAUCUGGAAAUCUAACUUAUCCACAAGUUCACAAAUACCCCCUAAGAAGUCACAGCAAGAUACCAUCGAACAGCUCUGUCUCCACUUCGGUAGUUGAAAGUAGCAGUACGAUCAAUUUACCAAAGAAAGUUUUACCAGUUCGUUUAAAAAGAGAUUUUGUAGCGCUGGGGACGAGCAGCAGUCAGCCCACCACCAGGGACGUCCAAGAGCCCUCUCGCCUCACACGCAGCGGUGCAGUGUUGAGGCGUAGCACUCGGACUAGCAAAGGGCACAGCUCAACAACGGGUUCGUGCGCAAGCUCUAGUGGCGCAAGUGGCAGCGGCAGCAGCUCGAGAAGGGCAGUGAGGCAGCAAAAGGUUGGGUCGGCCGCCCCGGCACUUCUCUCGGCUCCUGCCACUCACGCUGCCGCAGCCAUGGCCGCUGAUCAACCGGAAAUGCCGAGCAACGGACUUUCAGCGUCAGAAGAGCCUCCAUCUCCUCAAGAAGCGACGCAAGCAGUCCCUGCCAGUGGCGGCCCCUCAGGUCCUGGAGCUGAUUCCGAAAGUGAUGACAGCGAGGUGGGAAGAUUACAAGCUCUCUUGGAAGCCAGGGGAUUACCACCACAUCUCUUCGGCGCGCUUGGUCCUAGAAUGCAACAAAUGCUACACAGAAGUAUGGGCACAAACAGUUCCGUAGCUAGAGCCCAAGCACUUAUUCCUGGUCUUCAAGCGACUGGAGAUGAAGGUCAACAACUGCAAGCUGUAAUUGAAAUGUGUCAAGUAUUGGUAAUGGGCAACGAGGAAAUACUAACAGGAUUCCCUGUAAAACAAGUUGUUCCAGCUCUUAUCAAUUUACUAGGAAUGGAACAUAAUUUUGAUAUCAUGAACCAUGCUUGUCGAGCUCUUACCUAUAUGAUGGAAGCUUUACCAAGAUCGUCAGCGGUUGUAGUGGAUGCUGUCCCUGUAUUUCUAGAAAAAUUACAAGUCAUUCAAUGCAUGGAUGUAGCAGAGCAGUCUCUAACUGCAUUAGACAUGUUAUCUCGGAGGCAUUCAAAAGCUAUACUCCAAGCUAGAGGAGUAUCAGCUUGCCUAACGUACCUCGACUUUUUCUCAAUAAAUGCUCAACGUAAUGCACUGUCAAUCACUGCUAACUGUUGCUUAAAUCUAUCUUCAGAGGAGUUUCAGUACGUUCAAGAUUCAUUACCCCUUCUAGCAUCCAGAUUGACACAACAAGACAAAAAGUGUGUGGAAAGUGUAUGCCUAGCCUUUUCGCGUCUAGUUGACAGUUUUCAGCUAGAACCUUCUCGACUUCAGGAAAUAGCGAGUACCGAACUGUUGACAAACCUUCAACAAUUACUUGUUGUGACUCCUCCAAUAGUUAGUACUGGAACAUUCAUCACCGUUUUAAGGAUGCUAUCGGUAAUGUGCGCAAAUUGUCCAGAUCUGGCACUGACACUUUUGAAACAAAAUAUAGCAGAAACUCUGGUGUAUUUAUUGACCGGAUCUGCCGAAGUAAAUCAGGAAGAAAUCGAAUUAAUACCAAGACAACCUCAAGAACAAUUCGAAAUAACGGCACUUAUUGGAGAACUCAUGCCGAAGUUACCAACAGACGGCAUUUUUGCUGUAGAUUCGCUUCUCGAAAGACCAUCCAGUGUUGCCAAGGAUCAGCCGAUCUGGCAGUGGCGCGACGACCGCGGCCUAUGGCAUCCUUACGGAGCUGUCGACAGCAGAAUAAUCGAAGCUGCCCAUAUGAACAGCGACGAUGAGGUUAGUUUAAAUACUUUGGGAAGGAUUUACACGAUAGAUUUCCAUUCGAUGCAACAAAUCAAUGAAGAUACUGGAACAUCUAGACCUGUGCAGAGACGUUUUACUCCCAUGAGUGUGCAGUCUAGUCCUGUCGAACCUACGCAAGCUCCCAGCAGACCUGUAAGCGCAAGCCGAGACGCUCGUGUCGCCUGUCUGCGUGAAGAGAGAGGUCUUGCAGCUGCUUUCAUUCGGUCCUUGUUUUCUGUUCUGUAUGAGGUGUACUCUUCAAGUGCAGGUCCUGCAGUAAGAUGCAAAUGCCUUCGAGCAUUGUUAAGAAUGGUUUAUUAUGCUAGUUCAGAGUUGCUUAGAGACGUAUUGAAAAAUCAAGUGGUUAGUAGUCACAUAGCAGGUAUGAUGGCUUCUAGUGAUUUACGAAUCGUCGUGGGAGCUCUGCAAAUGGCUGAAAUUUUGAUGACUAAGUUACCUGAUGAAUUUGGAGUACAUUUUAGAAGAGAGGGGGUCUUACAUCAAAUCAAUAGGUUAGCUGAUCCAGAAGUUCCUCUAGGAGUCAGUCCACCGAAAACAAGUAGUAGUGCCACAUCGUUUUCUUCUACAUUGAACGAAUCUCAACCUGGAACAUCCCAAUCUUCAACAAACUCUUCUCUACAAACUGCUAAUGGUUCUGCUGUGUUAGGAGCUACACCAGUUUCGUCUACAAUGUAUACAUCAACACCAGAUACACAAAGAUUACAAGAGUCAGAAACGAGAUCACCUAGUCCUUCUCAUGUGCGUCUUAGUGAUGUACUGAAACGAAAACGAGUGACAAAGCGAGCAGGAGGAUCUAGUCGAUCAAAAACAAGGCAUGAAGACAUGCCCCUUUCUCCAUCACUAAUGCAGGAUUUGUUCACUAAAGCCGCUUCCAUAGGAAAUUCUACACCAAGUAAUUCAAGACCUAGGUAUUCAGGAUCCGGUUCCAAAACUAGUUUCUUGCAAAGUUUAAAUCCGGCUAGGUGGGGCAGAAGUCUCAAUUCUUCACAUGACCGUAACUACAGCAAAGAUUCCUUAAAUAAUCUAUCAAAGUCAGCAUCAAAUUCACACAUAACUGCCGGAAACAGGGAAAAAACUAGGACAUGGAUUCGAGAUCAGGCAUCCAAAUUUAUAGAAACCUACGCUAGCUCCGACGACGGUGAUCCCCACCCAGCUACCACUGUUAUAGUACGUUUAAAACAAGCCAUCGACAAGCUUUCAGCUCCAGCAUGUCGUGAAGCGCUUCUGGAUCUUAGAGAAAUAUUGAUGGAGUCGGACAUAUCCCCAUUCGAAGUUAAUUAUUCGGGCCUUAUAAAGGCACUUCUUUCUUAUUUAGCUGAUGUAAACGGACCAUUUGAUAGAGAGCAAAGACUUAGGGUAUUCUUGAACGUAUUUGCUGGUUGUCCAGUUGAUGGUAACAUCAUCGACAUACCGGAAUUGAAUUCCACAUGGAUGGGGGCGCUAGUCGCUAAAUUAAAUGGGUGUGUCUCACAAUUAGAACAAUUUCCAGUCAAGGUACACGAUUUACCUGCCAGCUCAGGUGCUGGCCGAGGUGGAACUAGUGCACUGAAAUUUUUCAAUACACAUCAGUUAAAAUGUAAUCUACAAAGACAUCCGGACUGCUCCAAUCUGAAACAGUGGAAGGGCGGUACGGUGAAGAUCGAUCCCUUAGCUCUAGUGCAGGCAAUCGAACGAUAUCUAGUUGUAAGAGGUUAUGGUAGACUUCGAGAUAAGGAUAGUGCGGAUAGUGACGAUGCUGAUACUGACGACGAUAUAGACGAUACUUUAGCCAGUGUUGUGAUAUCACAAACUGGUACCAGGCACAAGUUGCAAUUUCUUAUUGGUAACAACGUGCUGCCUUACAACAUGACUGUUUAUCAGGCUGUGAGACAAUUUAGUAACAACGGAAAUGACCAGAGUGAGACUGAUACUGAUAAUGAAACUCCUUUAGGCAAUGCUGGUAUUUGGGUCCAAACACAUAUAAUUUAUUAUCGACCAUUAAAAGAAGAACCUUCUGCUUCCAUGAAGAGUAGUAGCAGCGCUUCGACAAGUCAUUCUAGCAGAAAAGGCAAAGGUUCUUCUGGAAAGAGCACAUCAAGGCGUAGAGCUGAUGAACUAUGGAAUGAAGGAGUUACACCCCUAGCCCAAUCCCCCUUGGAUCCCUUUUUGGUUACCCAGUUUCCGGAAACAGUUACCAUUCAAGAUGCCUCUUUGGAUGUGUUGUGCCUCUUACGCAUUCUAAACGCUCUUAAUAUGUAUUGGACUUAUUUAUAUCCUAGUGUUGAAUAUAAGGCUAUAUUACCCCCUCUGGAAUUCCUCAAUAGCAAAAUCGCCGCCAAAGCCAGCAGACAGUUGCAGGAUCCUCUAGUCAUAAUGACGGGCAAUUUGCCCAAUUGGUUACAACAAAUUGCUUCAGUUUGUCCCUUUUUGUUUCCUUUCGAAACGCGUCAACUACUUUUUUAUGCUACAUCUUUUGAUAGAGAUCGUGCCUUACAGAGAUUGCUUGACAUGUCACCGGAACUUAGUUCAAGCGAUUCUCAAGAACGUGUGACUCCAAGACUGGAUAGACGAAAACGUACGAUAUCUCGUGAUGAUAUUCUAAAACAGGCCGAACAAGUAAUGCAAGAUUUGGCGUCGUCUAAAGCCUUACUUGAAGUGCAAUACGAAAAUGAAGUCGGUACCGGACUAGGACCGACCUUAGAAUUUUACGCUUUGGUUUCAAAAGAGUUACAGAAAGUUAAUUUGGAGUUAUGGAAUGCUUUUAGUACGAGUGAAAGUGAAUAUGUUAAUAGUCCGACUGGAUUAUUCCCGAUGCCUUUAUCUAGAAGUGCAAAAGUUAGUCAAAUUACAAAAAUUAAGAGCAAGUUCAGAUUUUUAGGAAAAUUCAUGGCUAAAGCUGUUAUGGAUUCCAGAAUGUUGGAUCUUCCAUUUUCUGUCGCAUUUUAUCGAUGGCUUCUGGGUCAAGAAAGCUGCUUGACACUCUCAGAUCUCCGGCACGUCAAUCCGGAACUGCACAGAACACUACGUAAAAUGCACUUUAUCGUUAAGGAGAGAGAUGAGAUUUUAGCUAAUAUGGAUUAUACACAAGAUGAGAGAAUGAGUGAGAUCGAGAAACUGGAAUUCGAUGGUUGCUCCAUAGAUGAUCUCGGCAUAGACUUUGUGGUACCUGGUUAUAAUAUAGAAUUAAUGAAAGGGGGAAAAUCUACACACGUAACAAUCCACAAUCUCCACCUAUAUGUAAAACUAAUGUCUCAUUGGUUACUUCACGAAGGCGUUUCACGUCAAAUGGAAUCGCUCAGGGAAGGCUUCGAAUCGGUAUUUCCCCUUCAUAAUUUGAAGGUGUUCCUACCUGAAGAAUUAGAGUCUGUAUUCUGUGGAAGUCCGAAAGAUUAUAUCCUUGGUUGGGACGUGAAAACAUUGAUGGAGUGUUGUAGACCUGAUCAUGGUUAUACAGCGGAUUCUAGAGCGAUAAGAUUCCUGUUUGAUGUGCUUAGUUCAUAUGAUAGAGAAGAGCAGAGAAUGUUUGUACAGUUUUUGACUGGCAGUCCAAGACUCCCGGUUGGAGGUUUUAAGGCAUUAUCUCCUCCGCUGACUGUAGUAAGGAAGACUCUAGAAGGUAAUAUGAACCCCGACGAUUUCCUACCAUCUGUGAUGACAUGCGUGAACUACCUCAAAUUACCGGAUUAUACAAGUAUUGAAGUGAUGAGAGAGAAAUUAAAAUUAGCAGCUUCAGAAGGUCAACACUCGUUCUACCUUUCGUAAGAAAGCGCAUGAAACUUUCAGAAUAGGCUAAUACUCAGAUUAUAUUUUUCUUGAUUUAUUGAUGAGGAUAUUUUAAGAUAUAUCAAUAAAGCAUUUUCCAACUGAAGUUAAAGUGGCUAUGUAAAUUGUGGUACUGUAUAAUAAUAAUAUAUAAAUAAAUUGCUUAAUAUUU